AUGACCGACGCAUUCGCCCCGCGCUCCAUGAAGCGCAAGAAUGUCAAGGGUCUAGCUCUAACCCCCGCCGCCCCGAAGCAAUCGCCGGCCUCGAAUAACAAUGAUCAACAAGCUGGCUGGGGUUUUGGUGGUUCGAGGGCUGAGGAGGCAGGCCAGGAUGCUCAGCUGGAGAUUGGAAUAGAAUUCAACUUGGACCUACGACAGGAAGAUAUUGAGAUUGUAAAAGAGCUUGGUUCGGGAAAUGGAGGUACCGUCAGUAAGGUGAAGCACUUGCCUACCGGAACCACGAUGGCUCGAAAGGUGAUCCACGUCGAGGCCAAGAAAGAGUUACGGAAGCGGAUUGUGCGCGAACUCCAAAUCAUGCACGGUUGUCACUCCGACUACAUCGUCACUUUCUAUGGCGCUUUCCUGAAUGAUCAUAACGAUGUAAUAAUGUGUAUGGAGUAUAUGGACGUCGGGUCUCUCGAUAGGGUCUCACGCCAUUUCGGUCCGAUCCGUGUUGACGUGCUUGGCAAGAUCGCAGAAGCUACACUGGGAGGUCUAACUUAUUUAUACUCGAAGCUACACAUCAUGCACCGAGACAUCAAACCCUCCAAUAUCCUUGUAAAUUCUAGGGGUCACAUCAAGCUUUGCGAUUUUGGUGUCUCGGGAGAGCUCGUCAACUCCAUCGCCGACACCUUCGUCGGUACCUCUACAUAUAUGGCCCCCGAGAGAAUUCAGGGUGAGAAGUAUACGGUUAAGUCUGAUGUGUGGAGUUUCGGUCUCAGCAUAAUGGAGCUAGCUAUUGGCAAAUUCCCUUUUGCGAGUGAGCAACUAUCGGAUGGUGAUGGCGCGCCUGCCGGUAUCUUGGACCUUCUUCAACAGAUCGUGCAUGAGCCGGCACCAAAACUUCCAAAAAGCGACGCUUUUCCGUCGAUCCUAGAAGAUAUGGUUCAAAAAUGCUUGUCAAAGAACCCUGACGAGCGCCCGACGCCUCAGGAACUCUGGGAUCGGGACCCAUUUGUACAAGCCGCAAAACGGACACCCGUAGAUUUGAGAGAAUGGGCUGUAGGGCUUAUGGAGAAGGACAAUCGCAAGUCACAUUUAGUCCCCCAACUCUCGCCGGCGACUCGGGAGCUGUUACGAUCCAGCGAGUCCCCCACCUAUCAAAAUGACCAUAAUCCUGCUUACACCCCAACAUCUGGUGAGAUCCCGAUUGCGGGGGCUAUUGCUUCGCCGAGAGAACAAGGCCACGCACAAAACCGGUCACCUACAAGAAACGGUAUGGGAAGCCUAGGCCGUGCGGGUGGUUCUACUGUACAUCCAGGACUUGGCCAACGAGCAGCGACAUCCGGGUCGAUUCCUAAGAUCACGACCGCGGACCUCUCUCAACCGGCCAGUGCCAGUUUAGGAACAUCGUUCACUCUGCCCGUUAGGCCCGCACCCCCUGGAGGGCCACUACCUCCUCCUCCGCCGAGAAAGGAGACGCCAGAUGAGCAACGGGUAGGCGGCAGGCGACAAGCGACGUUCGGUCCCCCAUCAAAUGGUUCAUACGGAAGUGCGGCGUAUCCUUCACGAUAA